UUGCUCAAUUUCUUUUUAGCAAAAUUUGCAAAAAUGCCCGGAAGUGGUCCCGUUUAUCAACCGACGACGGUGUCGUAUGAAACCCGACCCGGGACCGGGGCCGGAGGGGGUCUGCUGGCCCAGACCACGGCGGCGUCAUCCCUCAAGAUGCUCCGGAAGCCGGCGGCCCAGAUGGCGGUGCUAGUUUUCGGGUUGAUUUCCCUCGCCGCAGGCAUCGUCACGAUCGCCAGCGGUUCCGCCGACUACUCCGACACCGAGCAGCACCCGGAAACACACCCGGACGACGGCAGCACAACGCCGGAGGAGCAGCUCGACAUCGGACUGAUCGUGGCGGGCGUUUUCAUCACAAUUUUGGGAUUCGUUCUACUAGGCCUCUACAUCAAGGUGGCCGAGUGGCGCCGCAACUGCGUCUGUCCGUGCACCUUCUCGAAGAAGCAGAGCCUGGCGCGGCAGCUGCAGGGCAACAGCUGCGGCGGCCAGAUCCUGGCGCUGAACCCGAGCACCGACCCGCUCGUUUCGCACACGCAGUACGCGCCGGUGUCGGAGAUUCCGCAGCGCCAGGAGGAGGAGGAGGAGCGGCGGAACCUGAUGCCGGACAGCAAGGACUCGUGCCUGAGCAGCGCGGAGGAGAGCGACCGGAUGCUGGACCCGGACCCGAGGAUCGUGCUGCGACCGAUCGGGAACUCGGUGGAGGAUGCCUAGGAGGAGGAGGCGGCAGGGAGCAGCGACGAGGACGAUUGGUAGGGGAACGGUAGAGUUGUUGGGUUUUCUCUUUUUAGGGUUAGGACGGAAAGCAACGGCAAGCUUAAAGCUUCUCAAAUGAUCGAAUCACUUUUGCAAAACACACACUGAAAUCUUGAUGGAAAAGGUAACCAAACAAUAAGAUGAGAUUAUUUUGAAGGAUUUUAGUUUUUGUUUCGGCUUAGCAACUCUUAUUGGCGCGAAUAUUAGCAAGUAAUUGGAGGAAGAAAUCUCAAAAUUAACUAAAAAAAGCUUUUCGAACGAACGGUUAGUGAGUUAGGAACUGAAUUUAACGCAUUCCUGAGCGAAGGCAGAAAACUGACAAAGAACUUUGUACAACUGGAUUGGUUUUAAACUUUACAAUGUUUUCACCUCAACUUAGUUUUCCAUCGAUUUUACAAACUUGUAGGGAUAGUUUCACUAAGACAAAAAAAUACACAUAUUUUACACGCGUAACAUUCGUCCAACUUUUUGAGAUCUAGGUUUUACCUCUCUUGUAGUGCAACGCUUUUUUGCAAGAGAAAAGUAAGAGCAUUCUUAUUCCGUCCAAGCAGAUUGUGUUUCAAGACUUUUUUCCCCUUUAACGCUAAACUUAGUUUGCAGUAUUAGAAAAUCACGCGUUUAUUUCUUUUUCUAGCAAAAUAGAAAACAGCAAUACAAAUCUAGACGCAUUUAAUAUUAUUUAGUUCAUUCAUCACAAAACAUUUAUCACACACACACUAGCGAAUAGGAGCGCGACUUGAUUGACGGAGCGUACUUAAUUAGUUUGGCAUUUAAUCACGAGUUUUACGUUAGUUUUUUUUUUUAUAUUAGCUAGCCAAGAUGCUAACACAAACACAAACACACAGUGCAAGAAAGAGUGUGCAAUUAAUCACUUUUAACUUAGCAUCAUCACACGCAGUGUAGAUUUUGAAGAGGAUUAGUAGAAAGAAAGAAAAUUAUAUCGAAAAACAGAAUGAUAGGAAGGAUAAAGAUAGAGAGAAUUUUUAAUGCAGCAAAUCGUACUAAUUUUGUAAUUAGUGUUAAACAUUUAGUUCGGUAAAUUGCAUAUUUGGCAUCUAAAAAAAGGCAAAGAAAAACGAAGAAAACUAUGCAAGUAUUGUACGUAACAGACUCCGAUGACACAAACAAAAAUACACCCCACACAACUAUUGGUAAUAAAAUUUAAUGUGAAGCUAA